CUCUUUUCCAUGUGAGCCCUGGCCCCGCAAACAUAGCCAACGUGGGACCCUUUUCUCUUUCCAUCUGCACCACUCCUACGACGACCGACAAAACAUACUAGGCGCACUCCAGGCUGGCUAACGGACGAUCUCGAUGCUGGCGAGUCUUAGGGUAUCUCGUCGGCGCGACCGCUGGCUAGAACUACGGCUCGAUUCUGCACUCAGUCUUUCGGAAGAUGGCGACCUGACGGUCGACGUCAACGCGCUCAAGGCGCUCAUAUGCCCCCCUGACUUCUCGUGGUCAUACAUGACCUCCGCGUGCUGCCGCACCAUUUCCCCGGUGUACAGUGGGCUCUGGAACUCCGUGCAGGAGGACUUUGAGAACGUUGCGCGCGUGCUCUCGGAGCUUGAGGUUGAGCCACCAUCAGAAGAGGGGGAAGAGAAGGAUGACGAUGCGUUGACGAGUGAGGUCAGCGGGGACGAGCCUCUGCCCCCAGUCGACGUGCCCCCCAGACGGAAGAGGCGGAGAUCCUCACUCACGACGCAGCCGUUCACCGUCCACAGUGCGGGUCCCUCGACUCCGGCUAUCGUCGUGACGCCCUCGCCGCCGCAGGAGCGCGAGACGUCGUGCUGGGUGCCCGUUCAGGAUGCGUCAUUUGGCAGCCGGCUGACAGUGCCGACACAUGUUGCGUUCAAUGACGUCUUUCCGCCGCUUGCUGUGCCUUUGGCUUCGUCCCGGUCUGGGCCCUGUUUGCUGCCUGUGCAGCGGUGGGAGUAUGUGGGCGGGCACUGGGUCGCGGUGCUGCAUGCGCUGGAGGAGCAGACGCGGAGGGGGAUGUAUUCGAAAAGCAUGGCUUGCCGUCGACGGCCCAGAGCCGGCCGGUCAAAAUCUGCAGAGCGCAGAAGUGUAUUUUCAGCAUGAGAUUUAUAGACGUGAUUUAUAGUUAUGAUAGUGGUCAUUUUAUUGAUAUCUGCAUGUAUACCUAGC